CCCCAGAAUGAUGUGAGAGGAGAUAGGAGGGCAUGGCAAUGGAGCAGAGGAGAAGGAAAGUCCAAAUACUAGCAGAGUAAAUCUAGAAAGUGGGUGCACUGUGGUAUCUUUCCCUAGAUUUUCUUAUUCCCCCCUUCUCUCUCCUUCUAUUCUCUCUCUUCUUCCUCCACCACCCCUCACCUCCUGUCCUCCCUAUCAGGGCCAUCACCAUCUCUCUCCAUCAUCUCGACUCUCGAGUCUUGCCCUAUCAUCUUCUCCUUGUUCUUGGCUUCCUCAGGGCAGGGGAAGAAGAAGGCAAGAGCAAGAGGCUGAUUUGAUUAGCUGUUGGUUGGGAAGAGGAGUCGGUGCAGUUUGCAGUUGUGUUUCUGGAGAUGGACCCCAAGUUCCCCACACCCCCACCGCUAAACAAAACGGAGCCCACCACCUCGACCGCGCAGCAGCAGCAGCUGGAUCCCGAGGACUACCACCACCACCAGGAGCAGCCGGCACAGCACCAGGAGCACCACCACCUGCAAAUCCAAAUCCACCAGCCGCAGCAGGAUGGGGGCGGUGGGAAGGAGCAGCAGCAGCUGCUGCAGGCGGCGGCAGGGGAACGAAGGCAGCAGUCGCUGGCGCCCAAGCGGAGCUCCAACAAGGACCGCCACACCAAAGUCGACGGCAGGGGGCGCCGGAUCCGGAUGCCGGCUCUCUGCGCCGCGCGGAUCUUUCAGUUGACGAGGGAGCUCGGACACAAGUCCGACGGCGAGACGGUGCAGUGGCUGCUGCAGCAGGCCGAGCCGGCCAUCGUCGCCGCCACAGGCACGGGGACCAUACCGGCGUCCGCGCUCGCCUCCGUGCCGUCACUCACAUCGCCCACCACCGCGUUUGUCAGGCCGCACCACCACCACAUGUGGGCGCCGCCCGCCGCGUCCGCUGGGUUCUCGCCCGGCUUCUUGAAUUCCGCGGGCGGCGCCGAUGCUGCUGGUAUCGGCGGGCUUAUGCAGCGGAUGGGGCUCCCCGCCGGCCUCGAACUGCCGGGCGGGGGCGCCGCCGGAGGGGGCCUCGGCGCUGGCGGGCACAUCGGGUUCGCUCCCAUGUUCCACGGACACAACGCGGCGACCAUGCCGGGGCUCGAGCUCGGCCUGUCGCAGGACGGCCACAUCGGCGUGCUCACCGCGCAUUCACUCAGCCAGUUUUACCACCAGGUCGGGGCCGCCGGGGCCAGCAGUCAGCUGCAGCACCCGCACGCGCACCAGCAUCACCAUCACCAGCAGCAGGAGGAUGGGGAGGACGACCGCGAGGACGGCGAGUCCGACGAGGAGUCCGGACAGUAGUAGGUCGUUCAACCAUGCGUUUCUUGGUCUUCCUUGAAGAGGAAAACGAUAGGAAGGAGAGAAAAGUGUAUGCAUGCAGCCACGGGAUGCUUCUGCUACUCUUGGAUUAUUGUUCGUCGAGUUGUGAUGGAUUUUUAUGUUCAUUUUUUUCUCGUGUGGUAUCAAAACUCAAUGGACACCUCUUGCUCUGGGGACUUGUUGAAUCAAGAUCAUCCUCAGCUCUUGUGUACUUCCACUGCUCCGUGGAUGGUCGCCGGAGUCUUCUCUCCGACUUCCAGGUGUAUAAUAGCUGAAAGCUGGAUGUAUUGGAUCGAUCGCCCUUGAGUUAGCUCCUUACUUGUUAUUGCAAGGUGUGUAGAUAUUCAGGCUGUUUCUGCAACGCAAAUAUGAUACAUAUACAAUUCUAGUGCCCUGAUUAUGUAUGCCUCUUUGCAUCUUCUUUUGUGGCAUGGCAAUGAUCUGUAACUGAUCCAUGCACACACUCUAGUUAUUUCUUUAUUCAUGUAGUUAUUGUUUCAGUAGAUUUCUACCAAGGAGGAAUUGUUUAUUAAUACAUUUGAAUAGAGAAAGGAUCAAAAUGUUUGCUCAUA